GCUGUUGCUUUUUGGCUUGCAAUCUUGGCGUACAAUAACAACGAUUAUCAAUUUGAAUAUUAUAAUAUGUUUCCAAAUAGUGAAAGGGGGAGGCCUUUCUGCUUUGAUCGGAUGCUUCAGCUGAAACCCAUAGGUCUGAAGGUUGAAUCUGAUUCCUUUUUGUUUCUUGGGCAUUGGAUUUUAUUCGACGGACUUAGAGAUCGUGGAUUAUUUCUUGGUGGGUGUGUGCAUGCCUUCCACAAUAAUGUUCUUGGUAUCGGCUGUGUAUCUCAUUUCUGGUAAGGAAUUAUUACUAUUUUCCUUCUCCGCCUCGGGUUAUUUCUGUCUGAUUGAUGUGAAAAGAGAACAAAAUGAGAAGAUCUACACCAAGUUCUUCAUGGAUACCAACUCUCGCCCCUUGCUGAUUGCUACCAAAUUCAAUACCAAAACAUCUAUGGUAUAAGGGAGAGAAUAUAGGAAUGCCUAACAGGGAAUCUAUUGGGAAUGAAUAGUUCAGGUGAAGGAAGAAGACGAGCUGAGGUGUUUGGGGAAACUGAUGAACGGAUAGGAUUGCAUGCUUGCGGACGACCUAGAUGAGUUUAAUGUGCAGGCCACUCUUCAUAUAAGAAAUACAACGAAUUCGAACGUUAGGCGGCUUGCGUAAAGGUUGACUGUGACUUUUUUGUCUUGCUUCCAAGUCCAGGCGCUAGCGGUAGAAGCUAGUCGCCAGAAUGGAACUUCCGGGCCGACCACUUGAUUAUUAAACUAGGUGCAGUCUUCAGUUUGUUGGAGCUAGUACCUUCAAUAAUUGCAAUCGCGUAGACUUUCAUGGAAUUGAGAAACAAUAAAAAAAAAAAAGAUCUUGUCUGCUUUCAUGAAAACAGUGGGGGACUACUCAAAUUAAUAUCUAAAUGAGUGAAUCAUUUCAACUGUGCCUCAGAAGCAACUCACUUCAAUAGCAGCACAACCAAAUUCUUCAUUCACGCCUUCAUCUAAAAUCAAUCCCAAGUCCGUGUCCUAACGAGAACAAAUGAUGUACGACGUGUUCUUGAUUCUCCGAACUAGAUACCAAUCAAUAACCUCUCUUCAAUUCUCUCUAAGAGUUUCAGCGGUCAAAACAUUCAUCGACGAGAAUGAAGAGAUCACCCCUACCCUGUUAGAAGCCAUCGAUCGGUCAAAGAUUGUGAUCGUUGUUUUCACUAGAUACUUCUGUGAUUCCCCAGAUUUUCUGUGCAAACUGCAAAAAAUAAAGGAGUGUCAUAUGAAUAAAGGCAAAACGGUGUUGGGUGUAUACUGUGGUUUGAGUCCGUUGGAAGCGCGUGCACAGAGUGGCAGAUUUGCAUACGGUUUUCCAACCCACAAAGCACUGGCUAGCACGGGAGGUUUUCAUUGGGGGGCACCGUUGUUUGGCUGGAAGGUCUCAACUUCCGGUGACAUCAACAUGAUAAGAAAAAUCACUCAAUACGUUAAGAAGGAAUUAGACAAGACUUACUUAGAUAUCCCACAAUGUCUCCCGGGGAUACAACUUCGUAUUAAUGAAGUGCUUCAUUUGGCCAAAUACUAUUCAAAAGAUAUCAUUCCUUUAGAAGAGAAGAUGAUCAUAGUAGGCGUAUGGGGAAUUGGAGGAAUUGAUUAAACAACUCUUGCUAGAGCUAUUUAUGAUACAAUUGGUGGAAGUUUUGAGAGUCGGAGUUUCCUUGAAAGCACACAAAAUGUAUCAGGGAAAGCUAACGGUCUUGUUUGUUUGCAAGAACAACUUCUUUCAGACGUUUCUCUUACGAAACAUGACAGGAUAGUUGACACUGAAAGGGGAGUUAGUCAAAUAAAGACAGUACUACAUGAUAAAAGGACACUUAUAGUACUUGAUGACAUAAGCCAAACAGACCAAUUCACAGCAUUAUGUGGGAGGGGUGAAUGUUUCGGUUAUGGGAGUAUGGUACUCAUUGCAACAAGACAUAAGCAUAUACUUCAUGACCUUAAUGUCAAAUAUGUCUAUGAAAUGAAAAGAAUUGACAACAGUGAAUCUCUUGAGCUUUUCAGCUGGAAUGCUUUUAAGCAUUCUAGUCCAAGAGAUGGUUUUGUUAAUCUUGCAAAAAGUAUAGUUACAUAUUGUGAAGGAUUGCCACUGGUUCUUGAAGUGCUUGGCUCUCUUUUGUCCUGUAAGACAAAGCCAGAGUGGAAAAGUGUAUUGUUGAAAUUGAAAGGCAUUCCCACAGGUCAAAUACAAGAGAAGCUCAAAAUAAGCUGUGAGUAUUUGGAUGCUUCAGUGAAAGAUUUAUUCUUUAACAUCGCUUGCUUUUAUGUGGGUGAGGAAAAACAGGAUGUCAUGCAAAAAUUAGACAGCUUCAAAAUUCCUAUAGAAACUGGAAUAAGUGUGCUCAUUGAGCGAAGCCUUGUAAAAAUUGACAUAAACAACAAAUUUGAUAUGCAUGAUUUGCUGCAAGAGAUUGGAAAAGAAAUCAAUCCUAAGAAGCCAAAAUCCAAAUAUGCCUAUGAUGUGUUCUUGAGUUUUAGGGGUGAAGAUACACGCAAAUCUUUUACAACUCAUCUUCAUGUUGCAUUAAAAAAUGCAGGCAUUGAAGCUUUCAUGGAUAAUGGGAUUAGAAGGGGAGAAAACAUCCCAUCCACAUUAACACAGGCAAUUGAAAAUUCCAGGAUGUCAAUCAUUGUAUUUUCAAUUGAUUAUACUGGCUCUAGAUGGUGCUUGCAAGAAUUAGAGAAAAUCAUUCAGUGUCACAGAACUACUGGUCAUGAGGUCUUGCCUAUAUUCUAUGGUGUCCAACCAUCAGAUGUACGUAAGCAAAUCGGCUCUUUUGGAAAAGCAUUGGAAGGCCUUGUAAGGAGAACUUCAGCCAGCGAAGACAAGAAAUUCAAUUGGAUGAGAGCACUUCAUGAAGCUGCCAAUUUAUCUGGUUGGUACUCAGGUCAUUAUAGAACUGAUGCUGAGUUGAUUGAUCAUGUUAUUGAAACUGUCACCCUGAAGUUGAAUGACCACAUGUAUUUAUUCGUUGCUCAUCAUCCUGUGGGAAUAAACUCUCGCAUGCAAGAAAUCACCCACUUGUUAAGUGGUAAAUCAGAUGAUGUUAUGAUAGUAGGGAUUUUUGGCAUGGGGGGGAUUGGUAAAACAACCAUUUCCAAAGCUAUUUAUAAUGAAAUUGGUGAAAGCUUUGAGGCAAAAAGUUUCCUCACAAACAUUAGAAAAGCUUGGGAUGAAGAAAAUGGCCAGGUUCUUUUGCAAGAACAACUUCUUUCAGACAUUUUACAAACAAAAAAGAUCACACUACAUAGUGUUGAAUUGGGAAAAGCUAUAAUAAAGGGAAGGCUUCGUCAUAAAAGGGCACUUAUUGUACUAGAUGAUGUAAAUGAUGUGGUCCAACUUGAUGUUUUGUGUGGAAGCAGUGAAUGGUUUGGUCCAGGCAGCAGAAUAAUCAUCACUACUAGAGAUGAGCAUUUACUUAAGAUCAUUCAAGCUGAUCAUGUAUAUAGUAUGAAAGAAAUGGAUGACAAUGAAUCUCUUGAGCUUUUUAGUUGGCAUGCAUUUAAGCAAGUAAACCCGAUAGAAGAUUUCCUCGAACUCUCAACAAAGGUUAUUGCUUACUCCGAAGGACUACCACUAGCUCUUGAAAUCCUUGGCUCUUAUUUGUUUGAUAGGCCAGUACAAGCUUGGGAAAGUGUUUUAGACAGACUUAAAGGGCUUCCAAAUGAUCAAAUACACAAGAAGCUAAAAAUAAGCUAUGAUGGUUUGAGUAAUGAUGCGGAGAAAGAAAUAUUCUUGGAUAUAUGUUGUUUUUUUAUUGGAAGGGAUAGAAAUUAUACCACACAAAUAUUAGAUGGCUGUGGACUACAUGCAGAAAUUGGAAUCACUCGACUCAUAGAGUUGAGCCUUGUAAAAGUUGACAAAAAUAACAAGCUUGACAUGCAUGGUUUGUUACGUGACAUGGGAAGAGAGAUCAUUCGUGAAAUGUCACCAGACGAGCCUGAGAAGCGUACCAGAUUGUGGUUUCAUAAAGACGUGGUUGAAGUGUUAACACAUCAUAUGGGGACAAGGUGUAUUAGGGGACUGGCUCUGAAUUUGUCAAAAACCAAAACACUAUCCUUUGAUACAAUUGCAUUUAAGAUGAUGACGAGACUUAGAUUGCUUCAACUUGGCCACGUAAAACUUGAGGGGAACUAUGAAUAUCUAUCAAAAGAGUUGCGGUGGCUUUGCUGGCAUGGAUUUCCUUUAAGUUGCAUGCCAGAUAAUUUUCAUCUAGAAAAUUUAAUUGCUAUGGACUUGAAAUACAGUCAUCUCACCCACGUAUGGGAGAAGUGCCAGUUGUUGGAGGGGUUGAAAAUUCUCAAUUUAAGUCAUUCUUAUUCCUUGAGGCAAACACCUGACUUUUCAAAUUUGCCAAAUCUUAAAAGGCUGAUACUCAAAGAUUGUCCACGUUUGUCUUCCAUUCAUCAAUCCAUUGGAGAUCUAAAGUACCUUAUUUUGUUGAAUUUGAAGAAUUGUAAAGAUCUCACCAAUUUGCCAAGUAGUUUAUGUAAUGUAAAAUCAUUGAAAACUCUCAAUCUCUUUGGUUGUUCAAAGAUUGACAAAUUAGAAGGAGGUUUUGAGAAAAUGGAAUCUUUGACAACUCUAUUGGCAAAUGAAACUGCUAUAACAGAAGUGCCUCGUUCUUUAGUAAGAUCAAGAAGCAUCAAAUAUAUCUCAUUAUGUGGCUAUGAAGGAUUACCGGAUGGUUUAUUUUCACCUCUCAUUUGGUCUUGGACAUCCCCAACAAGUAGUCGAAGAUUUCUUCAUCAAGCAUUUGCAAGCAUGCCAUUUUUAUUGCAUAAUCUUUUUCAUAACUUAUCUAAACAAAGUAGUGGAAAUUCGGAGACAGGACAAAGUGCAUUCAAAAUCUCAUGCCCAAAAAGUGCAGCAUUAAUCGGUUUUUAUGACCAAGUUCACAAUGCAAGGGCUGAAAAUUUCACGAGUUCCCUUACCAUCCAAGUGGGAGGAUUCAACAAAGUCGUUGAUACACUUUUGAAGAGUAUCUCAGAGGGGCGGACUAAUGGAGGGCUUGACUAUUCUCUUCCUGGAGACAAUUAUCCUCAUUGGCUGGUUUUUGAAAAUGAAGGACCCUCAGUUUCAUUUACAGUUCCUCAAGUUUUUGGUCGUUGCUUAAAUGGAAUACUCCUGUACAUUAUUUAUUCAUCUCUUCAAGAUUGCACGUCAUCUUUAAAUCCUAUUGGUGUCAUGAUAAAGAAUUUUACAAAGGCUACCAUGGAGUUCUACAAGCGAGAUGCUGCAAUUUCUACUGGUGAAAAAUGGCAGAAUAUAAUAUCUAAUUUGGAGCCUGGAAAUGAGGUGGAUUUUAUCGUAGAUUUUUUACACAAAUAUAUUGUGAAGAAGACUGCAAUCUAUCUCGUAUAUGGUGGAGAAACAAAUAAGUGGAGAAUAGUGUCACAAGGCUUCACUUAAUAAGUGAUGACAGAUUGAAAGCAAGAAAAAUGACACAUCCUCGAUUUCUGUUGAGAAUGCUACAUGGAAGAGAGAGAUGGCCAUUAUUGAACUUGAAUCUCUACUUUGAAUAGGACUUUUGCACUUUUGGUCUUGGCAAGUGAAGAACAAGGUGCUAUACUUGCAAACUUCCAUUUGAACCAGAAAAAAAUAUUGAUUUGGUGAUGUUUGACAAUUUUAGGGUUGAAAAAUCUUUAUAGUUGGAGCGGGUGUAUGCAAGAGUGAAUAGUACUAGAGAAGUGCAGUCUUGGUUUCUAAGAGGGGUGAUUUUGUAGAAAGAAGGAACAAGACUUCGAUUGUGACGUUGGAACAUUUGUGGUGACAGAGACCAGCUAUUUGUGAUAGUAGUGUCAGGGAGCAACAAAUAACUCAAGAUCUCUUCUUCAAGAAUUUACAAGGAAGCCUUGUUGUCGGAAAUUCUUUUCCAUAAUUUAUCAAACAAGGCAGCGGAAAAUUUUUAAACCAGACCAAGUGCAUUCCACAUCUCACGUGCAAAAACUUCAGCAUUAAUUGGUUUUCAUGACCAUGUUUGCACUGCAGGGGCUGAAAAUUUCAUGAGUUCCCUUACCGUUCAAGUGUGCCUCGUGUGCUGGUAACUACCUGUUGUUAUCAUUAAUGGCUGGUCACCAAUGAUGGCUACUCAGGGUGCUAGUAACAUCUGGGAGAAGGGUCUUCCCAUUUUUUUUUUUUCUUAUCAUCAUUUUCCCUCCACUUCUUAAUCAUGAUCAUUGAUAUCACUGCAUUAAAUUAUUUGUUUUAGUAAUGGAUUUGAUUAACAGUUAUGAUUAGGAAAGUGAAGGGAAAAGGAGGAUAAAAACAAUGGAGAGACCCCUCUUUUGUAACGGCUACUAGUAACUGAAUGUUGAUACUAUUAGUAACGAAGUACCUAGAUUAACGGGAUGUUGCAAGCUUAUUUGAAGAUCUGAAACAAGCAUCAUUAGAUGGAGUCA